AUGACUACUGAGCGUGAAAGCAAGACUUUCCUAGCCCGCCUCUGCGAGCAGGCCGAGCGUUAUGAUGAGAUGGUUACCUACAUGAAGGAGGUUGCUAAGCUUGGUGGAGAGCUCUCUGUUGACGAGCGCAACCUUUUGUCUGUUGCCUACAAGAAUGUGGUCGGUACCCGACGUGCCUCUUGGAGAAUCAUCUCGUCGAUCGAGCAGAAGGAAGAGUCCAAGGGCUCUGACAAGCACGUUUCUACUAUUCGCGACUACCGAAACAAGAUCGAGACCGAGCUCGAGAAGGUCUGCCAAGAUGUUUUGGACGUCCUGGAUGAGAGUUUGAUCCCCAACGCUGCCACCGGCGAGUCCAAGGUCUUUUAUCACAAGAUGAAGGGUGAUUAUCACCGCUACUUGGCCGAGUUCGCGUCUGGCGAGAAGCGAAAGGUCGCCGCCACAGCCGCCCACGAGGCCUACAAGAGCGCCACCGAUGUCGCACAGACUGAGCUUACCCCGACGCAUCCUAUCCGUCUCGGUCUUGCCCUCAACUUCUCCGUAUUCUACUAUGAGAUCCUCAACUCGCCCGACCGAGCUUGCCAUCUCGCCAAGCAGGCCUUUGACGAUGCCAUCGCCGAGCUUGAUUCGCUGUCUGAGGAAUCUUACCGCGAUAGCACUCUCAUCAUGCAGUUGCUCCGUGAUAACCUAACCCUAUGGACCUCAUCAGAGAGCGCUGAGGGCGAAGGUGCCGCCGCCACAGAGGCUGCUAAGGAGGACAAGCCUGCCGAGGAAGCUGAGAAGCCCAAGGAGGAUGCCCCCGCUCCUACCGAAUCUUAG